AUCACUUUGUUUCUCAACCUUCGUCAAUGUCUUAAUCUUUUUCAUAUUCACAAAACAUCGAGAAAAUCUGUUGGUACUCAAUUUUUAUUUAUAAAUACCAAAAAUGGGAAUUCUUGUGCAAAAUUUCAAUGUGGUGCUCCCUUAUUUUGCUGUUAAUAAUAAUCCUUGUUCAUCAGAUUUUACCCUUCAUCAGGCACGCUUCAUUUCUCGUCGAAAUCGCUGCUUCAAAUUCAAAAGAACCCUAGUCAUGGCUCAAAACCCAGCCGUGCAGCAAUUGAAAGUACUAAACAAGCACGGAGAAAAACUUGUUGGAUUGUUGCAUGAGACUGGAUCUAUGGAAAUUGUAGUCUUGUGUCACGGUUUUCGAUCCUCAAAGGAGACUAGCACUAUAUCAAGCCUUGCAGUUGCUUUAGAAAAUGAAGGAAUCAGUGCAGUUCGCUUUGAUUUUGCUGGAAAUGGGGAAAGUGAAGGUUCAUUUCAGUAUGGUAACUACCAUAGGGAGGUUGAAGAUUUACGAUCCGUGAUUGAAUACUUUACUGGAGUUAAACGCACUAUCAUUGCAAUUCUUGGGCAUAGUAAAGGUGGCAAUGUUGUCCUCCUAUAUGCAUCUAAAUAUCAUGAUAUACAUGCUGUUGUCAAUGUUUCUGGUCGUUAUAAUCUGAAAAGAGGCAUUGAAGAGCGCCUAGGGAAAGACUUCUUGGAAAGAAUCAAGAAGGAGGGAUUUAUUGAUGUUAAAAAAAGAACAGGAGAAGUCAAUUAUCGAGUCACUGAGGAAAGUUUGAUGGACCGACUUAAUACAAACAUGCAUGAAGCAUGCCUUUCAAUUGAUGAGAGAUGCAGGGUUCUAACUGUUCAUGGUUCAAGUGAUGAAAUCAUACCAGUAGAAGAUGCACUGGCCUUUUCAAAGAUCAUACCUAAUCACAGAUUGCAUAUUAUAGAAGGGGCUGAUCAUCGAUACUCUUCCCAUGAAGCUGAAUUAGCUUCUGUCGUCUUGCCUUUUGUAAAGGAAUGCUUGCGGUCGGCCAAAGAUGCUCCACAAUAGGUCAGUUUGUUCUCGAGCUUCUUCAGUAGAAAUAUUUGUGUUCGCGCAAGGAUCAAAUACCAGUUAUUAUGGAAUAAAUUACCUCCAAUAAAUUCCAUAUUGUUCCAGCAAUUUUUCAGAAACAUCUCUGAGUCUUUUCUUUUUGCCUUAGCUUUGUUGGCUGAAAGGAAAGUAUUGAUGCUCAAUUUUUCCUUAUUUGAAAGUUGUAUUCAUCUACAGCUAAAUGUAUAAGAGAAGUUGAAUGACU